GCCUUCAUUUAUACGUCAUUUUUUUCUGUUUAUCCACUUAUUAUUUUUUAAUUUCUCUCUAUUUAGCAGAUUUGGUUGACUGAGAAAGAAAAUGUCGUAAGCGACCUACAGAAUUUGGAAAUAUCAGAACAUUUUCUACGAAGACAAUUUGUGGGGGAGACAAAUCAAAUCGAAUGUCAUUUUUCAGUCUUUAGUGUUCCGAUGCAGGCUUAUAUCAUCAAGGACUUUAUAAUAAUUUCGUCCUCACAAUGACAAAACAAGUAUAUUUAAAAAUGAACUGGUGGAAAAACAAUUUACUGACAUGUUAUAGAACUUUUUUAGUGCUCAACAUUUUUAUAGGAUCUUCAUUGUCAUUACAUCGUUGGGAACGAGCAGGGUGUCACAGAGUAGGUCAUUCCAGAAGUGUACAGAUUCCAGGUUGUGUUGAAUUUAAUGUGACCACCACUGCAUGCCGCGGUUUUUGUCUUUCUUUUGCCAUACCAUCACCAUCAAGAACACUUUUAACAAAUCCACUGCAUCAAGUAACUUCUAGGGCAGAAUGUUGCAGUAUAGAAGCAACACAUGAUGUAACUGUUGCCGUACGAUGCAUAGACGGUGUCAGAGAAGUGACUUUUAAAUCAGCAAAGACGUGUGCCUGUAAUUUAUGUCGGCGGAACUGGUGACGUAUUAUACUCCAUCCAUUCUUGUGAUAUAUGCUGAAUCUCAACCAAUGUCUGACUGAUCAACUCCAAAUAGUGGAAAACUUAUAUGAAUCACUCGUGAGAAGACUGUCGUAUUACAGCUUCCAAACAUGCUUAUAUGACAUAUUUUGAAUUGACCAAUUCAUGUGUUCAUUAUAUCUUUACUGUUGUAGUGAACAUACCCUUUGCGGUUUCAUCUGUCUUUAAUACUCACUCAUAACCAACAGCUAUAUGCUAUACAAUUAUGCUAUGUAAUAUGGUUGGUUAUUUAGGGUGCUUGGUUGUGAUAAUUUUUUUUGUGUCUUUAAAUGUUGAAAAAUAUUUUUACAUGUUUUUGAAAUGUUGUAAUCAAAAUUAGAAACAAGGAGAUGUGGUAUAAAAGUACAUUUCAAUGUCUGUUUUAUUGUUAGAAUUUGUUUAUGUACAUGGUUUUUAAGCCAUUUAUAUCGGGUUUAAGCCUUUGAUAAAGUAAGCAAAUACCAUAAAAGAUAGACUUCACUGUAAAAAAACGAACUGACAUACAAAAAUAAGUUUGAAUGAAGAGGUUCUAAAACGUGUUGUAAAUAAUUAUUCUAUUUGAGGUUUCACUACCACAGACCUCCACUUUUAUCAGAUUUAUUGAAAAUCGACUAUAAUUAAAUGUAUCACUAUUCUAUACUUUAAGGAGUAAGUUUUUUUGCAAUUUGAUAAUACGCAUUUUCAUAUAUACAUAAAAAAUAUCUGAAUACAGAAUCGUUUGAUAGAAUGUAAUAUUUUAUGAAUCCAAACGUUUUCAAAGUUGAGAGUGAAGCUGUUUUGAACACAUCGUUAACAUGUUAGACUAUGAUUUAUUAUAUAUGAACUAUGGAAAGAUAUAAAAACAUCUUAAAUACAGUUAAAAGAUAAUUUACUACUAUGCUUUGAAAAAAUUUUCUGGUACAUAUUUGUUUAUCAAAUAUUAAGUGUUAUUUUUGCGUGCAUCUUGAAUAUAUAAUUGACAAUAUUUACCGCCCAACCUCAAAAGAAAUAAAAAAUAAAGACAAGUAACAUUGUUAAUAUGAAAUACGUUUUUUUUUACGUAUAAACAGUAAAUCAACAGUAAAUUUAAUUCAAAAUUCAAAAGUUGGCUGUAGUAUAAGAUUUCCCAAAAUAUUUAUUAUUGAAUUUGUGACUGCUUGUCAAAUGGUAUGGAAACACGUGUAUCCGCAAUAUUUUAUAAAUUUAAUUUAUUUCUGCGUUUUCUUUCGAAGAAUUAUAUCGGGAAACACAUGUAUACUGUGUAUACCAUGUGUUAGCACUUUCUUUAUAAGCGGAUCACAAGCCUCGCCUUUAUUUUCUAAGCUCAACAUUUCAACUGAGAAUGAAGAACAUGUGUGAUAAAUGUUAUGAAUGUAUUUAC